UUACCACCACCACCACCUAUGCCUACCAAGUCUCGGGGGUUGGGGGAAAAAGAAAGAAAAAGCCCUAGCGAGGCCGCCGCCGUCGUGCUGCCUUGCCGAGGGAAUCGAGCGAGAGGGAGGGAGAAACAGGAGGAGCGCACGGGAGAAUGGAAACGAUUGGCGCAAGGACUAGGCGAGAGAUAGAGGGAUAGGGAGAUCGAUGGCUUCCACCCUGUUUCGCACGUCGACCCUCCAGGGAAGCGCCUUCCGCCGUGUCCUCUCAGCAGCGGCCGCGGCUGCGCCUUCAGGUGGGGAGGGGCUGACAGCCCACCGGGCUGCCCCGCUCCGCCGCCUCUUUCACUCGGGCGCUCCAGGUGAUCAGCCUCCCAAGUCUCUAGAUGAGAAGGUUUACAAGGUUGAUCAGAUGCAAAGGCAAGUGGAUGAACUAAAUAAGCUAAUUGAACGGGAUAUCUAUGAACUACUGGAGCGGUACAAAAAUUUCCAGACUGAAGACCAUGGCUAUUUUGAGAGGUUUCUGACCAGAUGUGGGAUGGCCAAAAGCAAAUUUCGAGAUGAUUUCAUUUGGCGCUGUGAGAUUGCAACUCUGUUUGUUCUAUCCGCCGGGGUCGGUUGCCUGCUAGCUGAUAUAAGGUCUUAAAAAGCGAUUAUAUAACAUGAAUACCGAGUGGAAAAGCAUGUUACAAAACACUUUGCGCCUGCUUGGCUUGCAUGGAUUGGGACUUCUGUAAAGCAUAUAAGCUUUCUAGUCUUUUUUGUAUGAGCGCCACGGUAGACGUUGUGGCUGCUGUUGCCCGUUCCCUUGAAUUCCCAGCAUCUUGUUACGCUAUCGCAUUGCAUGUGUUCCCUGGGAAAACAUAGUAGCGUACACCGAUUGUGUCUGAAAUACCGAUGGUAAGUUCUGUGAACACGAAGAUAUUUAGAGCUUGUUUUGCAGAGCUUUAACAAGGAUUUUUAGUGCUGGUUAUUCUUAGUUUUAGAAAUUUUUUAUUUGAUGUUAUGGACGGAUUGAGGAUAGAUGUUAUGGACAGAUUGAGGGUA